AUGGGGAAUAAACAAACCAUCUUCACAGCACAGCAACUGGAUGCCUAUCAGGACUGCACAUAUUUUACACGAAAAGAAAUUCUCAGACUCUUCUACCGCUAUCGGGAUUUGGCCCCGCAACUCGUUCCCCUUGACUACACCAACCAGCCAGAUGUGAAGUUACCAUACGAGCUGAUCGGCAGCAUGCCAGAGCUGAAGGACAACCCAUUUCGACAGAGGAUCGCUGAGGUUUUCUCUGAGGACGGACAGGGGAACAUGACACUGGACGACUUCUUAGACAUGUUUUCAGUUCUUAGUGAGAUGGCUCCUCGGGACCUAAAGGCCUACUAUGCAUUCAAAAUUUAUGAUUUCAACAACGAUGACUUCAUCUGCAAGUCGGACCUGGAGAAAACCCUGAACAAGCUGACUCGUAACGAGCUGACAGAGGAGGAGGUGAGGAUGGUGUGCGAGAAGGUGAUGGAUGAGGCCGACCUGGACAACGACGGACGUCUUUCACUCGAAGACUUCCAGCACAUGAUUGUCAGAGCCCCAGACUUCCUCAGCACCUUCCACAUAAGGAUUUAA